GUUAUUUUUGAUACGCCCACUCCGAACAAUGAGCCCCAGUGUGGUGACCCUGAUGAGAAUGACUCUAUACCGUUGUAUCUGGUCAUUAUAGUACUUGCAUUUUGGAUGCUUUUGUGUUGUGCGGUCUUCGUCUAUUUUGAAAAUUGGACCCUAUUUGACACACUAUACUUCUUCUUCAUCUCCCUCACAACCAUUGGGUUCGGUGACGUCACUUCGAGUCAUCGAGUGGCGGUGGCAAAUUUUCUGCUGAUCCUUAUUGGUUUGUCCGUGGUAACUAUGGCGAUCAAUGUUGUACAGAUGCAACUGGAAAUUCUUUUUGGAAAAUUCGUCCAAUCAAUCGAUGAUGACUUCAAAAUGAAUCUCCUUACAAGCAGUGAUGAGAAGAAAGCUGCAGCCGACCUUGGAAAGCCUGACAUCGAACGCGGUCUAUCGAGUUUGGAAGCUAGAAAAGAAUCGUCAGGCAGUCUUUUUCCAGGCGAUGACGUUGUGAAGCAGUACGGCGGCACGAUGAGAGGCAGUGAUCGACUCCUAAUGCAAUUCCUCAGCCAUCACCAGAGAAAGAUGUUGAACGAGAAGUUCGAAGAACGGGCGAGAAUGCGCAACAAGUGGACUCAAACGCUAUGUCAAAAGAAGGUGGCUUCUGUUCAAGUCGGUGGCUCAUAUCCAAUCCCGCAUCUUCCCAUUGAGCCCGAGGAAGACACACCUGGCCAUUCAAAGUCUCGUAUUACAACGAAACGGCUAUACAUUUACAAUACCGGCGAGUAA